AUGGCCGAGGCGAGAUACAGCAGCACCUACGCAAACUCGCCCAAGUCUCCGCUGAACGGCAGCCAGAUCCCCUCCACCAUCCGCACAGUACCCAGUUUCGAGGCCGCCUCGGACACGUCCAGCAUCGAGUCGCCCUCGGCGAGGAACAGUGCCUUCUCGAGCUCGGUCAACAGCAACGCCAGCGGCGCCUCGUACUACUCCCACAACCCAUCGCAGUUCCAAGCACAAAACGGGUCCAGCUCACGGUUAAAACCGCCAACCUCGCACCCGGAGUCGCAGUCGCAGUCCGCGAGCAAAAGCCCCAUUUUCGCGGCAAUGUCUUCGAGCAACAUCACAAUAAGACAGAGCAACGGUACGGAGGCGAGCUCGGACAUGGAUGAUCAUGCACAGUCGGCUCGUGAAGGCUCGCCACAAUGGGAUGGCACCGUGGGCAAGGCUGCGCUGGGAAAGACGGGUCGGGUCAUCAACAAGCUGGUUUCGGACAACGAGGCGCUAAAGCGAGAUCUCAAGCUGGAACGGAUCAAGUCAGAAGAGGCCAAGCAGCAAGCGAAGCUCAUGGAGGACAAGAUGGAGCGCAUGGUGUCAGAAUACGAGUCGAGGCUAUUAGAAGCCAACGUUACGAAAACUCUACUGAGUCGAAAGGAGCGGCAAGUGGAACACCUCCAGAUGUCCGUCGAGGCCGAGAAGAAACGGGCAGUUGAGGCACUGGGAAGAGAAAAGACAUGGCGGGACGAGAUGGAAAAGGGCCGCCGGGAUGCCAACGUGCAGGUUGAGGAAGCCAAGACCCACGCCGCGCUCAUGGAAGGCCGCUACAACGCCAUCUCAUCACACUGGAAAGAUCAAGGGGAUGAGGUGAAACGCACAGCCACGAACCUCCGUGCAGAGGUUGCAGCUAUCGUCAUUGAGCGCAAGAAGGACGACGAGAAGAUCAACACGCUCCGGGACCUGUGCGACCAGCAAGAUGGAAACAUCCGAGACCUCAAGAGGCAAAAGGACGAGAUAGGGGCACAAUUCGAGGCCUACAAGAGGGAGCAGGAGGAGGCGCUUAAAACCAUCAAGACGGCGGCCAGGCAGAGGGAAGAGGAGCAGCUGAGGACGAUCGAGGAGACGAAGAGUGUAUUAGGGCAGCUCAGGUGGGCGCUGAAAGUAAAGGAGAACGUCAAGGGGGCCCAAUAA